AUGGUAGCCAACUACGUGUCUCAACUGUUGUUCGCUCUCUUGUACUUGACAGGAUUGGUGCAGUGCCUUACUCCGGCACAAUGGAGAAGCCAAUCAAUUUAUCAAGUCUUUACCGAUCGUUUUGCAAGGACUGAUGGGUCGACAACUGCUUCUUGUGAUGUCAACAAGUAUUGUGGCGGUACGUUCCAGGGCAUCAUCAAGCAGUUGGAUUAUAUCCAGAACAUGGGCUUCACUGCGAUUUGGAUCAGCCCUGUUGUGAAGAACAUACAUAGUUCAGGCCCAGAUGGUGAUUCGUACCAUGGCUACUGGGCUCAGGACAUAUACCAAGUCAACACUAAUUUUGGCUCUGCUGCCGAUUUGGUGUCGCUCUCUAAGGCCCUCCAUUCUCGUGGCAUGCGAUCGUACUAUCAUCCGUUCUGCCUGAUUGACUACAACAACCAGACCAGUGUUGAGCAAGUACGUUAUUUACUCUUGAUACACUAUUUUGAAAGUGCUCAUGAUGCUAGNUGCUGGGCUGGUGACAACACCGUAGCUCUGCCGGACUUGAGGACUGAAGACUCCAAUGUGCUUUCUAUGUGGAACACCUGGAUCAAACAGCUUGUGUCAAAUUACAUCAUUGAUGGUCUUCGAAUCGAUUCUGCCAAGUCUGUUGACAAAGCCUUCUACCCUCCGUUCGAACAGGCCGCCGGAGUAUACGCGGUUGGUGAAGUCUACGACGGUAACCCGACCACUUUCUGCGAUUACCAGAACUAUCUGGAUGGCAUGCUCAACUUCCCUUCUAUCAGUAACCUCUACAACGGGAUCAACACUCUAAAAUCCACAUGCAAAGACACAACACUCCUAGGCUCAUUCAUGGAGAAUCAUGAUGUCGCACGCUUCCCCUCGUUGACUUCCGACUACGCACUCGCGAAGAAUGCCAUAGCUUUUACAAUGCUAGCAGACGGUGUACCGAUCAUCUACCAGGGCCAAGAACAGCAUUUCUCGGGCUCCAGUGUGCCAAACAACAGAGAAGCACUUUGGCAGUCUGGCUACUCGACUUCUUCGCAGCUGUACCCCUUCAUCACCACACUCAACAAGAUUAGAAAGCAAGCCAUCAAGCAAGAUUCAGGAUACGUUACAUACAAAGCCUAUGGUAUCUACUCUGAUGCGUCGACAAUCGUUAUGAGAAAGGGCACAACCGGUUCUCAAGUUAUCGGUGUCUUCACCAACAAGGGUUCUUCAGGAAGUAGUUCAUUUACCCUUUCGUCUUCGGCGAGUGGCUUUACGGGUGGUCAAUCUGUCACUGACAUUUUAUCUUGCACUUCCUACACUGCAGACUCCAGCGGUAACAUCGCCAUCAGUAUCAAUGCCGGUGCACCCAGAGUCCUCUAUCCUACGGCAAAACUCACUGGCAGUGGCCUCUGUAGUGACUCAAGCUCUACUUCAGUCACACCGACCACAAUCAAGACGUCGACGAUCGCUGGUGGCUGCAGCACACCCACCGCAGUCGCCGUGACUUUUACCAAUAAAGUGACUACUCAGUAUGGUCAAACCAUCAAACUCGCAGGCUCAAUCCCGCAGCUCGGUUCUUGGAACACUGCAAAUGCGGUUACCUUGUCUUCGGCUGGGUACACUGCUAGCAAUCCUGUCUGGUCCGGCACCGUCAAUCUUCCCGCAGGCCAAGCUUUCAGCUAUAAAUUCAUCAAGGUGAACACGGAUGGAAGCGUGACUUGGGAGUCUGAUCCGUAA